CCCUUCGGCUAAAACCAAAUCUCAGAUAAAGUAAUGGCAAAAACCACUUGGACUAUAAAACACAACAAAUCAUAACACUCGGACAAUAACACUGGCCACCCCAUGAGUUCCUAUUUCGUCAACUCAACUUUUCCCGUGUCUCUACCCGGAGGACAGGAGUCUUUCUUGGGUCAGAUACCGUUAUAUUCCUCUGGAUAUACAGAUCCUUUAAGACAUUAUCCAAGCGCUACGUUCGGAGCUACCAAUGUCCAGGACAAGGUUUACACCUCAUCGUAUUACCAGCAAGCUGGGGGCGUUUUUGGGAGAAGCGGAUCCACCAGUGCUUGUGACUAUACAACACCCAACAUUUACCGAACCGCUGACCGCUCGUGCGCUAUCGGAGGUCUGGAAGACUCGCUGGUCCUAACCCAGGACCAGUGCAAGACGGACUGCACUGAACAGGGUACAGAGAGAUAUUUUAACAGUGAAGACAAACCGUGUACCCCGGUUUACCCGUGGAUGCAGAGGAUGAACUCGUGUAAUGGAAUGCCUGGUAGCACUGGCCGCAGGGGUCGUCAAACCUACACUCGGUUUCAGACUCUUGAACUGGAAAAGGAGUUCCACUUUAACAGAUAUUUGACCAGAAGGAGAAGAAUUGAAAUAUCGCACGCUCUCUGUUUGACGGAACGUCAGAUAAAGAUAUGGUUUCAAAACCGUAGAAUGAAAUGGAAAAAAGAGAAUAAAGUGAUGAACUCCGCAAAGGGCAGCGAAGAGGAGGAUGGUGGAAAGGCGGGGUAAAUGUUAAAAAGCAGCUUAUGACGAAGCUCUGGAAACAUUGUACAUAACAUGUAGCCUGUAGUUUGAAUUAAUAAGUAAUGGUCUGUCCAACAAGAAAAAACUACCUAAUAAGUUUUAUGUUGCCCUAAAAAGCUUCAAGAGAGACUUUCUUUUUUCAUAAAAACAGGCGUCUAAAUCACCUCUGUGAAGACGGUAAAAGAUCUAUGGGAGGUGCUUUUUCCACAAUUAUAUAUUUUGCGGUAUUUGGCCUAUCUAAACUAAUAAGACAUGCUUUCUCGCUGUUUGAACAUUCUAAUGCCUAUAAUUUGAAAGAAAACAUACGUUUAUGUUUAAACUUCGGGAUUAAAGGUCUUACAUUGACUGUGUGUUUCAAUCCAUGUUGUGUGCUAGAAAAAGAAGAAAAUGGGACAUUUUGAUUGCUUAAUUUAUUGGGUCGUCACUUUUGUGUAUGUGUAUGUGAAUGCACUAAGAAUAAUACGUUAUCAUACUUUGUUAGCAAUGUCAUUUUGUCAAUAAAAUGAUUGUUUAACAAUUACUGUGGUUUAUCUUUCUUUAUGUGCAUGGGCGUCUUCUCAAUGAGCCAGAGACAUUUCAUUAUCAGCUUUAUUGUUUUAUAAAAUAUUUUAUAUGAUAGACAUCUAGUAUAUAUA